GCGGUAGAGCAAAUAUCUCAGGCAAAUAUUAUUUCGUUUCAUUCGAUUUGUUUCUACAAUGAAUAAUAGUUAAUUAAAAUCGCUUUUAAACUCAGAUUAUUUAUUUAUUUUAGCCAAUGAAGUAAAUUAUUACGCUACCGGUGGUUCUGGUCUAAUACAUAUUUUGUAAUAGGAGUUUUCGUGAUUUUAAAAUUUAUACCUACUUUCGGUUUAAUAAAGUUUGUAGGUACCUACGAUACGCAUUCUUCAAUGAUUUCUGUUGAAGUUAUAAUUUCAAAUUAAUUCGCUACGCAGUUUUGUGCCUCUUCUUGACACCGAAACUAUUGCAGUUAUGGAAAUACUAUCGUUCGUCAAAGAGGUGGUGAGCGGGGUAGUGGAACACGCAGCGAGCUACCGGUUGGGGCAGACCUGCCUCAAGUACGUCGACAAGCUGCUGUGGACCGUUGAGAAGUGUGCUCGAUGGGCAGUUCCACCACCAUUGGAUCAAGAUGAAAGGCAACCACAAUUGAUCAGACCCUUGCCGUGGGUGUUCUUUCUGAUGCUGCUCAUACUACUUCGAGUUACCAGAGAGUCAAUAUCCCUCAUCAAUUUGGCGUUCGGGAAACCACCGUUCAGGUCUGCUGAUAUGGUAUCCUUCAUACAAAGCAAGCGUCGCUAUCUACGCACGCUAAAGUACCAAGGCACGCGUAUGAUGCGCGCGCGAAGCGAGAACACGACCGAAUCCUGGAGGAGCAGCUUGUAUUCGCUCUUCCAGUUUACAAUGUGCUUCCGAAGACAUCAUUAUGCAAAUAAUAAUACCACGCAAGCGAGCAAUAAUGAUGAGGUGCUGGUAGUAAAACGCACAAAACGCGGUCGUCAAUCAGCCAGUCCCAUGGCGUCCACAAGUGAGACGAGCAUGGAGCGACUCAUUGAGAAGAUGAUGGUCGAUUUGGAUGCUGAUUCCGAUGAAUCUUCCAGCUAUACGUUAACAAACGCAGCGAGCCUCAAAAGCGAAUCAGAAUACACAGAAUCUGACCAGGAGUUCUACAGAGAGUCAAACAACAGUUCAACAUUACAUACUUCCACGCCAGAAAGGGAGUUAGUGGAGUUACGGGAAGAGAAAAGGGAGAUAAGGGAGGAUAAGAGGAGUGAAGUAGACACAAUAUUGCACUUUAUACAAAGCGAACGGAACGGACAGACUCAUAAAAUUGUAAAUGGAAGUUAUACAUUGCCGGCCAAAGAAAGGAUUCCAGAAGGGGAGUUAAUAUAUUGAAAACUAAAAUCUAAAAAAACUAAUAUUUAAGCUAUACUAUAAAUUUUAACUAUUUACUGUUUUUAUAACUUAUUUACACUCCAUUUUAGAGGCAUUUAAGCAUCGCUCAAUAAAAUAUAAAACUAUUUUAAUUUUAA